GACCGUCCCUCCUCAUUUCGUGGAUUUUAUCCGUGUCACUUGGAGCGGCCGCGGCUUUUCCACGGACUCUCUCUUCGCUCCUCGUCUUACGACUUAUUUGCCAUCUGCACGUUUUCGUCCCUCGCCGGAUUGUCCGUUGCACCGGUCGCCCAACUGUAGCUCGACUCCUUCCGGACCUCCUCUUCAAGCUCUAGUCGAGGGGAAUGCCCCGCCCCUAGUCCCGGAGCCCAUCUCUCCACAAGACGAGCAAGGAAUCCCCGUCAUCUGAGCAUGGAGGACUAUGAGCUGCGAUCUGCGGCCAGCAUCCUGGCUUCAGUGAAGGAGCAGGAGGCUCGCUUUGAGCGUCUCACACGUGCCCUGGAGGAGGAGUGCCACAGCAUGGCCCUCCAGUCAGCGACCGGUGGACAGACCCUCGCCUGGCAGCAGGUGGUGAUGCAGGAACAGAGCCCUGAGGAGCACCUUUCCCUGGCUAUGAUGGAGGAACCAGAGGAACUGCUAGAUCCAACUAUAAGUGCAACUGUGACCACGGAGCAGGAUCCUGGCACACCCACCUCCCGGCCAUCUGCGCUCACCACUGACCGUCCCGAGGCCAAGCCCCUGCCCUUCCUGCAGGCCACCAAAACGAUGACGACAGUCAUGGCACGCUCGGUGAGGUCUUCGACCUUGGGACCAGAUGGGCUGCCCCUCCUUGAAGGCUCUCCACCGCUGGGCAGCUACACGGACUCCAUUGAUCGGCGCCGCGGCCUCCCUCAAGGCUCCACGCUCACCUGCUCUUUCAACAGCUACAAUGGAUCCUACGGCGAGAGCCCGGAGCGGCUGACGCGCCAGGCGAGUCGUGAUGCCGGUGACGCCUAUGGGAGUCUGUCUCGUCCUGCGGGCUACCGGCUACACCCACCUUACGCGCCCGCUGGCGCCUACACUCUGCCCCAUCGCCUAGAUGACUACGGCCUCGCGGCCCAGCCGCAGGUCCCUGUGGAGGCGGCCCGGUCCCCACCGGAGCGCUACAGCCUGGAGGUCGAGCGAGUCAGCCUAGGACCUGAAGAAGAAGCACUUUACAGCCUGGAACCUGAGUACGGCACCACUGCCCGACGCAUGCUCGCUGCCACCGACCGCGGAAGGCCUGCGCGGGAGCCAAUCAGAGAGCCCCUCCACAUCAGGGGUGUGUAUGAUGACCACGUUGAGGCAGAGCUCCGUGAGGGACGACACCCCUUCCUCCAGGACGUAUACCCAGCCUCUCUGCCCAGCAUGGAGCCCACAGCAGGCCACCACUCUCCAUCCACAGACAGUGUCCGCAAGGACCCUCGCUGGCGUGACCCUGACCUCCCCGAGGUCAUCAGCAUGCUGAGCCACCCAGUGGACCCCGUCAAAUCCAACGCCGCAGCCUACCUGCAGCACCUGUGCUAUGAAAACGAUCGAAUCAAGAGGGAUGUGCGGCAGCUCAAGGGGGUCCCCGUGCUCGUGGGUCUGCUGGACCACCCGCGGGCUGAGGUGCACCGCAAGGCCUGUGGAGCACUGCGCAACAUCUCCUACGGCAGGGAUCACCAGAACAAGGUCGCCAUCCGGAACUGCGAUGGCAUCCCUGCCCUGGUACGGCUACUGAGGCGGACAGGUGACAUGGAGGUCCGAGAACUGGUCACAGGAACACUGUGGAACCUGUCCUCCUACGAACCCCUAAAGAUGGUUAUCAUCAACCACUGCCUCCAAACCCUCACCAGCGAGGUCAUUGUCCCACAUUCUGGCUGGGGACGGGAGCCCGGUGAGGACUCCAAGCCCCGCGAUGUCGAGUGGACCACGGUUUUCAAGAACACCUCAGGGUGUCUGAGGAAUGUGAGUUCAGAUGGGGCAGAAGCCCGGAGGAGGUUACGGGAGUGCGAGGGUCUGGUGGAUGCGCUGCUGUACACCCUGCAGUGUGCCGUGGCCAAGAAGGACACAGACAACAAGUCGGUGGAGAACUGCGUGUGCAUCCUGCGGAACCUGUCGUAUCACGUGCACAAGGAGGUGCCGGGGGCAGAGAAGUACCAGGACCCGGCGAGCGGCUUCAAACCGAGCUCUGGAGGCUCACAGAAGAAGAAGAAGAAGGAUGAUGCCGGCUGCUUUGGGGGAAAGAAGGUCAAAGAGGAUUGGUUUAAUCAUGGUAGGAAAAAUGGAGAGAGCAAGAGAACCUACGAGACGCUGGAUCUACCCAAGCGCACCGAGCCCAUGAAAGGCUACCAGCUGCUCUACCAACCAGAGGUGGUCAGGCUUUACCUGUCCCUUCUCACAGAGAGCCAGAAUUACAACACGCUAGAGGCAGCCGCUGGGGCUCUGCAGAACCUCGCUGCUGGACACUGGACGUGGUCUAGUUACAUCCGGGCGACGGUACGGAAGGAGAAGGGCCUGCCUGUCCUCGUGGAGCUGCUGCGGUCCCACGCUGACACCGUGGUCCGGGCCGUGGCCAUCGCGUUGCGCAACCUGGCCAUAGACCACCGCAACAAGGACCUGAUAGGGAGCUACGCUGUGAGGGAUCUGGUGAGCAACCUGCCCAGUGGUCAGCAGCGUCCAGCCAAGAACCUGGAGGAGGACACCGUGGUGGCCGUGCUCAACACCCUGCACGAGAUCGUCACCAACAGCUCCGAGAACGCCCGUGCCCUCAUCCAGGCGCACGCCAUCCAGAAGCUGGUCUCCAUCAGUCGGACCAGCCAGUCACCGCGUGAGACUAAGGCUGCAUCUCACGUGCUGCAGACAGUGUGGAGCUACAAGGAGCUGAGGAACGUCCUGACCAGGGAUGGCUGGAAUAAGACCCACUUUCAGCCCUCAGCCGCCGUCCAGCCCAAAGGGACCCGGAACGGCAGGGCCAGCGGCGAUGACACCACUCUGCCCCUGAUGGAGAGGAACCAAGAUGUUUUCUCCAACACUGAUUCCAGGGACCACGAGUGCAGAUAUAGCACCAGGGAUGGUCCAGGUAGCAUGGUGGAACGGGACCAUGUGAAGAAUGACUCAAACAGGAAAUUCUUUAUCAGGACUAACAAGCCUUCUGUGAAUCUGGUGGAUGCCUGCGACCUCAAACCCCAGCCCGUGGAUUCCUGGGUGUAACGCCGCACUGAGGCGUGCGGGGACCCUUCGAGCGGAAGAGGAGGUCAGCAUCACUGCCGCCGUCACGGUUGUCGUCUUGGCGCCCACGUCUCGGCAGACUUUCUUAAAAACAGAACUUUUAACCGCACAGCAGGUGAAGUGGAGAGCAACCAGAACUGCUGCUGUUGAAGUCCACAUGCCCCAGAACACUGUGGAAAGGCCCGGAGAGGUCACCGGGUUUGGGCCGACAGGCACCCUAGUGUUGGAUGUUGUUCUAACCGCAAGAUUCGAGUUGCGCUUUUAGAGACACGGACGGUCCAGUGGAAUGUAC